UUCAAAGAUUCCAUCCAUUUCCUCCAUCUCCUCAGCUUUUGAGCUUUUGUUGUUCUUCAAAGGCUCUCGCCCAUUUUCUUCCUUCUGGUUAUUGCAACAGUGAAAGCUUAUCUUUCUUGUAAUUUUGUUGGUGUGGCCAUUGUUUGAUCAUUGGGUUUUGACCAGAGCUUUUUCAAGGGAAUUUGAGAGACAAAAGGAGCCAGCGAAGAAGGCGUUGGGGUGCCUGUUUUUUCCCCCCUUCUUCCCUAUCUCUUUCGUUUUCCUUCAAUCACGAUAAUCAAAAUGAUUCAUAAUGUUUUCGGAUCUUAAUUUCUACCCAGUUUUGAACUCCGAUUCUGCUUCUGGGAUUUUGCCGCUAACCCGUUUUUUCUUGUUCUUCUCUUAUUUGAUUCUUUUUCGGCCUCCGAAUCACUCAGGAUUUCUCAACAUUUCUGCGAGGUUUUCGAGUUUAUAUUAACCGAGCAAUCCAGUAGUAAUGGGGAGGACUGAUGAUAACGUUGCUAUAAUUGGGGAUUGGGUGCCUCCAAGUCCCAGUACACGAGCCUUCUUCUCAGCAAUGCUAGGGGAGGAUGUUGGUUCUAGACCUGCAAUGGAUACUAUCACCAUUGAUAAAACUGAAGAGCUAUUUCAAAGGCCUCGAGAACAUCCGGUAUCGAACAACACCGUUGCAAGAGGCGGGAUCCCAAGUGCCAAUUCUGGUGAUCGGUCGAUGGAUUUAAGUUCGUUUUCGGGGCAGAAAUUCUGUGGGGGUCUUGUCGAAAGGAUUGCUGCCAGAGCUGGAUUUAAUGCUCCAAGAUUGAAUACAGAGAGUAUUAGAUCCACUGAUCAAUCUCUGGAUUCAGAUGCCAAGUCUCCUUACUUGACAAUACCGCCUGGUCUCAGUCCUACUACAUUGCUAGAUUCACCUGUUUUUCUUUCUAAUUCACUGGCUCAGCAAUCUCCCACAACUGGAAAGUUCCCGUUCUUGCCGAAUGUUAGUAAUCGGAGCUCAAUGAUGAUGUCGGAGGGCGACGAUAAAGGCAGCGUCAAUCCAUUCAACAAUAACAGUACAUCGUUUGCAUUCAGUUCUGGUGUGGAAUCUGGAUCGUUCUUUUAUCUCGGUGCAGCAAGCAAAACAGAUUCUGCCACUGUUCUUCCACAAUCUUGUCCGAGAAUUGAGGUUUCAGUUCCACGUUCAGAAAAUUCUUUUCAAUCUCAUAUUGUAGAACCAUCUCUGUCUUUACCUCAAAACAGAAUCAGUCAUCAUCCGCAAGUGGGACUCUCUACGUCAUGCGUCGAGAGAGAUGAUGUGGGUAAGACCGUGUCAGAUGAUCAAAGAACCUUUGAUUCUUUGUGUGGUGGUGGUGAACAUUCUUCACCACUCGAUGAGCAACCGGAUGAAGGGGAGCAAAGAGGCAGUGGGGAUUCCAUGGCUGGUGGUGGUAGUGGCGCCCCCUCGGAGGAUGGAUAUAACUGGAGAAAAUAUGGACAAAAACAGGUUAAAGGAAGCGAGUACCCUCGUAGUUAUUAUAAGUGCACGCAUCCAAACUGUCAGGUCAAGAAAAAAGUCGAGCGAUCUAAUGAGGGUCAUAUAACAGAGAUCAUCUAUAAAGGAACACAUAAUCACCCAAAGCCCUCGCCCUAUCGACGAGCAGCGACCGGACCUUCGGAUUCCCAUAUCAAUAUGCAACUAGACAUUUCUGCACAAGGUGGCCAACAGACUGCUGAAGGUCUCCUUUGGGGAGAUUCACAAAAACGGAUUCCAAAUGGAGCUCCUGAUUGGAUGCAUGAGAACCUUGAGGUGACUUCUUCAGCAUCCUUGGGUCCUGAAUAUGGCAAUCAGCCUAAUACUUCACAGGCUCAAAAUGGCAGUCAUGUUGAAACAGUUGAAGCCAUUGAUGCCUCAUCCACAUUCUCUAAUGAUGAAGAUGAAGAUGAUAGGGGCACCCAUGGCAGUGUAACAUUGGGAUAUGAGGGGGAAGGAGAUGAGUCUGAGUCUAAGAAAAGGAAACUUGACGCUUAUGUAACGGAAAUGAGCGGGGCCACUAGAGCUAUCCGUGAGCCUAGAGUUGUCGUGCAGACUACCAGUGAAGUAGAUAUUCUGGACGAUGGCUAUCGCUGGCGCAAAUACGGGCAGAAGGUUGUAAAAGGAAAUCCAAAUCCUAGGAGUUACUACAAGUGCACAAAUCCUGGCUGCACAGUGAGGAAGCAUGUCGAGCGGGCAUCACAUGACCUGAAGUCUGUGAUCACGACAUACGAAGGAAAGCACAAUCAUGAUGUUCCUGCUGCUCGCAACAGCAGCCACAUCAGUUCUAGUACAUCCAGUCCAGUAACCACACAAAACUCGACCGCAACGACUCAAACUCAUAUUCACAGACCGGGGCCACCCCAGCCUCAGAACACCAUUCCAAGAUUUGAAAGGCCAGUGUUUAGCCUUCCUGGAAGACAGCAGAUGGGCAGUGCCCAUGGGUUCUCUUUUGGAAUGAACCCACCUGGACUGAGAAAUCUGACAAUGGCAGCCGUUGGCCAAGCCAAGCUUCCUGUUCUGCCAAUGCAUCCAUACUUAGCACAAGCACACCAUGUUAAUGACAUGGGUUUCUUGUUGCCAAAAGGAGAGCCCAAUGUAGAACCUACAUCUGACCUUGGCUUGAACUUUUCCCAUGGUUCAACCGUGUAUCAGCAAAUUAUGAGUAGGCUUCCACUUGGACCUGAGAUAAGGGGCUGCUCUCAAAUACAAAAACCAUUGGGGUAGACUAACCCAAAACAUUAUUUCAAGUCGUUGGACUAUCGAUAUUCAAAGACAGGAAGCAGUUGGGCGGGGCUACGACAAUGAAGUGUUUCGAUAUGAAAAGGGGUAGGGGAGAAUACAUUGCUUCAUUAAGAUUUCCAAGAAAACAAUCCCAACAAAUCAUGUGGAGGGAAUGAGCUAAUUCAUUGAAAUGAUUCCACUAGACCUGACCAUCACAACUUACAGAUCAAGAGUACAUAUUCCAAUGCAAAGAAUGGUGAAUGA